CCUGAAGGCAGUAGGCUGGUACUGUUAUUUUAAAAAGCUCUCAGUGAUACAAUUUGGAGAUGACUGCAUAAAAUGACAUAGUGUCUGAACCUGUUUCCAUGUUGUGUAUAUAAAUUAAUUCCUUGGGUUGUGUUUGAAUCCUUGAUACAAACUAAACUUUCUGUUACUGUAAAUCUACUACUUUGCUAUGUAACUACUGUUACAUUGCUACUACUUUGGAAAAAGAGUUCAUGUUAUACUGGAGAUCACCAGGAUUUGCAGCAGAGCCAAGAGAUUUGACAUUGAUGGAAAACUUAUUCUGUAACCACAAAACAACCUUGUUUCCAAGCUGGUUUUAUUUGCUUAGCCCUGACCAGGUGUGGUGUUCAGAUAACCAAGGUUCUUGACAUGGUCUCAGAGGCAGAGGAGGCAUUUAGGCAAUAUCAGUACACUGGCUUCCCAGGUGCUUUCCCAGUAGUCUCCAAGACCAGUACAUCUGGCUCAUCUGAACUGACCUGCUGCAAGCUUUGUGCUAGCUGUAAGUCUUUUAUUCCCCAUUUUUUAUAACAGCAAAGCUAAACACAAUAUUGUUUGUGUCAUCUUGCAAAGGAAGCUGCAGUGCAAGAGAUAAAUGAUCAGUAAACAGAGGAAGGAAAACAAGAAAACAGUCCAUUUAAUCACAAAGUAGAAAAUUCCUGUGGUGUAUGCUACAGUUGUUUUUACCAAUGUUAAGAUUUAUUACCUCCUUAGCCAAAGAUCUAGAAAUGAAUAAUUCAGGAGUUACAAGUGAAUUUUUACAGCAAUACAAUAAAGAUGAGAAAUAUGUUUUGAAGACAGUUCAUUUUUAGGUGAAUAAACAGUACCUCAAAAAUCUUUCUUUGCUAUUUCAUUCUUACCACUUGAAAUUUGACAUGUAUGCUUGUACAUAUGAUGUAUGCAUACAUAUUGUGUUAAGUGGUUUAGGAGCAGAGGUUACUAUUACUUGGUGUCUACAGGCAGCUUGUUAAGCUUUUUUAAUGGAAGGAUGUCAUGUUUUUAUUGUACUGAAGACAUAAAUAAAAAGUUCCUGACCUUUGACAAGACCUGUUUAGGUUUUCUCCUUGCUGCUUUCAGGCAGAGCAUUUUUUUCUGCAUUCCCCCUUAUUCUCUCUGAUCUAGAUGCCCAGCAUCUUGCUGUUAAAUUAAAGAGUUUCCAUUAUUUUCAGUCUCUAAUGUCUAAUUAACCAUGUUAUAAAAGGCUGAUUGAGAAAAUGUCACUCGUAAGGCAGUCAGUUAAAUUUAAUUACUUUCAGUGUGUAGGCAUUGCCAGAUGUAGCUCAAAUAAACUCCAGGAAAUGCUGCUGCUCUUUAAUUUACCAAGACUUACUUUCUUAAAGCUUUCAGAUGUGAACAAAAAAUGCUGGUUUAGAUUCAGAUCUCCAAGUUAUCUUCUUCAGGUUAGUAUCUGUGUACAGUGAAUUCUGUUUUAUCUAAGAACAAGGUUAGCUGGAUAAGUUUAAAGAGUGACAAAAAGCAAAAGUUGCCAUAUUCAAAGCAUUAACUGUACUUAAUUAACUGGAGCGCCACUCCAUGAACACGCUACUUAUCCCAGGGUUAGGUUUGUACGGAGCUUUAAAAGCAACUUCACUGCUUAAACUCGGAAACUGGAAAGAUGCCGUCUGAAAGCACAAACACUGUCUGUGUAUCACUAUGGUGUUAGCCGAAGUUCCUUCAUGUCCUUGGCAGCCUUUGUGUAUUAUUUGAACAAUGUACAAUUUUUAUUAUUAAAAAAACAAACAAACCACAAAAAAAACCCUAGCUGGACUGCACUACACAUUGAGGGGAAAACGCGUUCUUGCAGCGCUAAACUCUUCACUGCACUGAAGAAAGAAGGCGUCUUUGCUCCACGUUUCGCUAGGAGUGAAGAGUUACGGCGUAUUUCUCGAGCACCUCUGUGAGCCCGUAGCUGCUUUCAUCGGGACCGUGGCUCCCCAGGCGCCGUUGGCCUCUGUUUACCGGAGCCGGGGAGCAGCGCAGGGGCACGGGGGGAUUGUGAGGCCGCUGGAUCCACCCUGCUCCGGGCCGCGUUCGCCGCCUGCCCCAGCCUGGAGCCGCUGCCGCCGCCUGGGGCGCCUGCGCGGCGGCGCUGCCCGCCCCGCACGGCUCCGUCCCGGCCAUGGCUCUGCGGCUGCUGCGCGGCGCGCCCGGGGCAGCGAAGUCCUCACUUCUUUGCCACUCGCGAAGCAGCUCCAGCUCUAAGCCAGGAGGAAGAUCUGAACCUGCUAAGCAGCCACUAAAGAAACCAAAGUUACCAGUAGGGCGGUUUGAUGAACCAGAAGAGUCCAGUAUGGAGAAGGAGCCCCUGGAAAAAUUCCCUGAUGGAAUCAAUCCUACUACAAAAGAGAGGGGUGGACCCAGAGGCCCUGAACCUACACGUUUUGGAGACUGGGAAAGAAAAGGACGUUGUAUAGAUUUCUAAUAUUUAAAUAACUGUAUUGCCAAUAAAAUAUUUCUAGUUGCUGAAAAAUAUAAUGUACAGAAAAGAUCUCACCUGGAUUUGUCGUGGAGCUUCUGUCAUGCCACCACAUUCUGUCAUGUGAUGAAUUUUCUUAAUAAUGCAAUGUAAUUAAACACAGUGCUGCAGCUCAGAUUAUGGAGCUGUUAGUGGCUCAAUAUCUGCCUGAUCUUUAAUACUAUUUACACUGUGCAAGUAUAAGUGCAAGUAUAGUGGUAUGAAAUUGGUAGUCAGGAGCUUAUUGAGAUGUACAAGGGCUUGUAUUUCCUCAUGAAUGUAAAGAUUUAUGUGGUGUUGUAAAAGUUUGCAUUUCAUGAACCUGGAGACCAUUAAUCAAAGGUAGAACCAACUCUGAGGAGAUUAGUAGGUCACUGAUUUCACACAGUGGUUACCUGUGCCAGCAGUUAGGAAAGCAGCACUUAAGCACUUUUUUGGACCUGUCUUCCUGCUCUUCCCAGAUAAUUACUAUUAGCAAUUCACUGGAAUUUAGCAUUAGGGUAAGAAAAUGGCUUGGGGCAUUAGCUAUUAGAUCAGCCAUAGGUAUGCUUUUAUCAUAAAUACUGAUUGAUUUUUUUUUUUUUAGCUCUUUUUGUUAAUAUAAAGAGUGAAGAGCAGCAGGGGCUAUAUCCUAACAUUUCCUGUUAACUUUCUGUGAGACAAAGGAAAAUUGUUCUGUGUGUGUAAGCAAAUUCUUGCAGUACUGCAGGAUGCUAGCUGCUCUGUUUCGUUUUCUUUAAUAAAAAUCUGUACGUUGUAUUUCUGCAGUAGGUUUUCUCUUUUAAACUUGUUUCUGCUACUUGACAUAGAUGCAUUUGGUACAUUAUUAAAAUUAUGAAGCCUUUAUUGUUUGAAGGAAUUGCACCAUAAUUACUUUAUUUCAAAAUACAUGAACUUUCAAUUUACAGUUCAAGAAAAUAUUUGCUAUAUAUUGCCCUGUUUAGAAAGUAUGUAUUUCAGUGUUGAUUUUAUUAAAUUGAAACACAGGAUACAUAAUAAAAUCACAGUAAAAUUACCUGUGAUGGUAGCAUAUGUUUGUAAAGCACCAUAGAAUGUUGUUAUAAAUCUUUACUACAUUUUCAGUUGACUGCAAUAAAUGAUGACAAAUUCCA